GCGCUCGCCGGUCGGCGGGGCACCGGACGGCGCGCAGGGCCGGGCUGCGCAGGAGACCUGCAAGGCAGAACUGGGUGCAAUUCUCAUCGUCCACGCUUCUUUCUUUCUCUUAAAGAAAAACUCCCUGUUCUCAUUUGAACUUGGAGGAGGGAGGGGGUGAUCAGAACGUACUGACGCAGAGGUUUUAUUCAUGAACCUUGACGAAGUUCUGGGCAAGUCACUCAGCAGGACCCGCGAGGCCCGGGGUAAUCCCAGCUCCCGGGCGCGGCUCAGCCUGGCAGUGCCCUUGGUAACCAGCCCGAAGCUGAGGGCGGGAGUGCCAGGCACCCCGGACUUUGCUUUUGGAAUAAUGGCCCUACCGGUGGCUUGCACUCGGGUGGCCUCGUCUGGUGAGCGUCCCCACCAGGAAGUGCGGCAAAAAGAAGAGGAUGAAAACUGUCCAUAAUUCUACCACCAUUCUGGCGUGUUUCCUCCUGGAAGAACAAUGCAGUGAACAAUUAUUUACGAGGUGACCCAUGAGGUGUGGCUCGCUGCUCGAUGCUGGGGUGACGGCAGCCAACAGGGCAGACGUGCACCUUUCCCCGUGGGGCCUGAUGCCAGCGGUGCCCAGCGGCACGGAGCACGGUCUCCUACACAACAUUUGACGUCUGAUCACCACGGGGGCUUGGAGGUGCGGAGGCCAGGACGAUGGAUGAGGCCACGGAGCUGAGGACUGAUGGAAACUCACUCCUGAAGGCCGUGUGGCUGGGGAGGCUCAGGCUGACCAGGCUUCUCCUGGAAGGGGGUGCUUAUAUCAAUGAAAGCAAUGACAAAGGGGAGACGGCUCUCAUGGUGGCAUGCAUCACCAAACACGUGGACGGGCAGAGCAUCAGCAAGUCCAAGAUGGUGAAGUACCUGCUGGACAACAGGGCAGACCCCAACAUCCAGGAUAAGUCUGGCAAGACGGCUCUCAUCCACGCCUGCAUCAGGAGGGCUGGGGGAGAAGUGGUCUCCCUGCUCCUGGAGAACGGAGCGGAUCCCAGCCUCGAGGACCGCACGGGGGCUUCAGCCCUGGUCUAUGCGAUAAAUGCCGAUGACAAAGACGCCCUGAAGCACCUGCUUGAUGCCUGCAAAGCCAAAGGGAAGGAGGUGAUUAUUAUAACAACAGAUAAAUCACCCUCAGGCACCAAAACCACCAAACAGUAUCUCAAUGUCCCUCCUUCACCCAAAGCGGAAGACCGACAGUCACCUCCACUGUGCAUGACUCCCUCCGAUAUUGAACUGAAGGCUCCAGGCCUGGGCUCGCCACCCAGUGAGAGGGAAGAUGAUUUCUUCAGCCUCCAGACAGGGCAUCUGAGUGGUUGCAACACCGCAAAAGUUCUGAAUGAGCCAGGGUCCCCCACCAGGAAAGUAGGGAGCCUCAAGAGGGCCCGCCUGCCCCAGCUGAAAAGGCUCCAGUCUGAACCCUGGGGCCUGAUUGCGCCGUCUGUGCUGGCUGCUAAUGUGCGUCAGGACGAGACGCGCGGCCCCAGCCCAGACAGUGAGGUCAUCAAGAGCAUUAGUGAUGUGUCCUUCCCCAAAAGGGGGCCGCUCUCCAGAACCAACAGCAUUGAUAGCAAAGACCCCACCCUCUUUCCCACGGUCACGGAGCAGGUUCUGAAGAUCGCAGCCUCCCCGGCACCGGUGUCCUGGAAGGCAGCCUACGAGAAGGGUCAGGGUCCCCACCCUCGUCUGGCCCGAAGAGGAACUCUCCCUGUCGACCAGGACAAAGCUGGUGUCAGUCCAGCAGGCCCCCCUGCUCUCAAAGAUUCGGUGUCCCUCAAACGGCUAGAGAGUGACCUGCAUGAUUUGGAUUUACAGGCAGGCACUGACCCGCUCAGCUCGGUUUCCCUGGAGUCAAGCAAAGGCCCCUUGGACAGGAAGAGGCUCAACGGCUCCCACCUGGCUCUCUUCCACGGCUCGCGGGAGUCCCUGGACGCCGUGCCCAGCACGUCCCCCAGCUCGGCACGCCGCCGGCCGCCGCAUCUCCUGGAGAGGCGAGGCUCUGGAACGCUGCUGCUGGACCGAAUUUCGCACACCAGGCCCGGCUUCCUGCCGCCUUUAAAUGUAAAUCUGAACCCACCUAUCCCCGAUAUCAGAUCGAGCGGCAAACCUUCUUCUCCACUUGCUAGUGGCUUAAAAUCCAUGGUUCCCGUGGCUCCGAGUUCACCCAAGAGAGUCGACCUGAGGAGUAAGAAGCAGCUGGUCAGGAGGCACUCCAUGCAAGUGGAGCAGAUGAAGCAGCUGUCCGACUUCGAAGACGUCAUGACCUAGAAGCUUUCAGAGGGUCUCAAAACAAACUCUGUGUAGUUAGUGAGAGGUACCGUCAUCUACAAGACAGACGCGCAGACCCUGUGCGUCCGUCAGCGCUGGUGGCAGGGGUGGAGCCGGCCCCGCAUCCCCGCUGAAGUGAUCUCUGGGUUGGUUCAGCGUUACUUGAAAAGAGCUCGGGAUAAUUGGGUUCUAGACGUGAAAUCACCCAAAAAAAAAAAAUCUCCAAAGGAGGAAAGCUUUCAGGGUUCGCAAGGAACACGGCAAGGGCAAUGAGCCCAGCCCCGACCCCAGCUCUUCUCUGCCAAACAAACAAGAACGUAGAUCCCAAGACGGUAAUCAGCACACGCCCUUUGUAAGACAUCGGUAAAGUGCCCACAGAGAUGAGGCUUUCACAUUUGUCAGGACGUGAGGAGCUCAGAACCAGCCCUGAGCUCCGAAAGCUGGCGGCUCCGUUCUGUUGGAGGGAGGAGAACGGAGCUCCCCCAGUGGGGUGCUGUCCAGCACCGCUCACUCUGGAUCUUUCCCCACCCCGUCAUACCCCGCAUUCACGUGCACCUGUCGUUGUGCAGUGGGUCCCCAACUGUCGUAACCACGUGUCCCCUGAACUCCGACGGGCCGUCCUCGGGGCACCUCAGAGACGCAGCCUGCCUCCCUCCCACCCUGACACCAACUCUCUGUUGAAAUCUUGUGAAAAACAGG